AUGCAGGUGCACGGCAGUUUGGCACGAGCCGGAAAGGUGAAGAACCAGACCCCCAAGGUUGCGAAGGCGGAGAAGAAGAAGAAGCUGACGGGCCGUGCCAAGAAGCGAUUCGUGUACAACCGCCGAUUCGUGAGUGUGGUGAAGAGUGGUCCGAAGCGAGGUCCCAACUCGAACGCUGGCAAGUGA